AUGGAUCAUUACGGAAGAAUUCGUAGGAAAAUUAAUCCUAGAGAAAAGGCAAAUGUUUUUAGUCUUUUUACUUUUUCCUAUACCGGAGGUCUAUUCAGUAAAUCCUUCAAAAGAGACCUACAAGAAGACGACAUCUACGAAGUAGUCCAAUCAUGUAAAUCGGAAACAACGUCAAACCGAUUCGAGCGUUCGUGGAGAAAACAACUAAAACAACAUGGAAAAUGUUCUUUGAGAAAGUUACUUUGGACAAAUUUCGGUGUCAAGUUUGCCAUAUUAGGUUUGAUUCAAUUAACAUGGAAAAUGACUACGAGUAUUUACGAACCAGAAGCUAUAGGCAAAUUAGUUUCGUAUUUCAAUCCGGCUACCACGCUUACAUUUGAAGAUGCCGUCUUUUACGCUUGUUUGAUGAUCGGCUUGAAGUUUUUACAUGCUUUCUACCAUCAAAACUAUUCGAUUUACUUGCAACAGUUGGCAAUACAAAUCAGAAACUCGCUAUGUUCAUUGGUUUAUAGGAAAUCCUUAAGACUAUCUCCAGCAGCCAUGAACGAACUGGGCCUGGGCAAUAUAAUAACAGUGAUUACAAGAGAUGUGGUAGUUUUUGAAAAAUCAGUAGGAAUGUUUAACGACAUGUGGAUUGAUGUUUUCCGCAUUUUUCUUGUUUGCUAUUUGAUUUACGCCAAAAUGGGUCCUUCUGGAUUCGUGGGAGUCGGUUCACUUUUACUUGUAUUACCCGCUCAACUGUACAUUGGCAAGUGCAUUAAAAAUCUCAGAUUGGAUUUGAGCAAGAAAACCGACGAACGUUUACAAGCCACCCAAGAAACUUUAUCAGCAAUUAAAAUAAUUAAAAUGUACACUUGGGAGAAGGUGUUUGUUAAGAAAGUAGAAGAAAAAAGAGUGAAAGAAAUGGAAUACCUCCUCAAAUCAGCCUACCUGAAAUCUCUUACCUUCCUAGUGGGAAUAUUCACCUCAAAAAUCGGCCUAUAUGCUCUCAUGAUGACUUACAUUUAUGUGGCACCCUAUGCAGACGCAGAAGUCAUAUUUUACGUAAUGAGAGCAUAUAAUGACUUAAAACACUCUAUUGGUAUUUUAAUUCCUAUUGGCCUGGGCAAAGGUGCCGAAAUUAUUGCUUCAAGUCAAAGAAUUAAUAAAGUUUUAAACGCCGAAGAAAUUGAGGGUGACAAUGGAGAGGAAUUCAAGGUCGCUAGAGUCAAAGCUUCGGGAGUUAGUGUAAUUAUCAAAGACCAAGUAAUUUUGAAAGACAUCACCACAGAAAUAAAACCCGGCUUAACAGUGGUUACCGGACCAUUAGGUUGCGGCAAAAGCACCCUAAUGAAACUAUUCCUCAAAGAUGUCCCAGUGGCUAAAGGCAAACUCCUAUCGCAUGCAAACUUUUCCUAUUGCUCCCAAGAUUCUUGGCUAUUUCCCUCUUCCAUCAAACAAAAUAUUUUGUUCGGUGAACCUUACGACCCGAAACGUUACGAAUCUGUCGUAAAAGCCUGCGCUCUAGAGUACGAUUUCAAUUUAUUGGAUCAUAGAGACGAAACUAUUGUGGCUGACGGUGGAAAGAAUUUGAGCGGAGGCCAACAGGCCAGAAUAAACUUGGCUAGAGCUGUUUAUAAAAAGAGCGAUAUUUAUCUUUUGGACGAUCCCUUGCACGCUCUAGAUCCUCACGUCCAAGAGUACGUUUUUCAAAAUUGCAUCAAAAAUUUCCUCGAAGGCUUUCCAUGCGUUAUGGUGACUCAUAAUUUAAGGCACAAGAAUAGUGCAGACAAUUUGAUAGUGCUAAAAGAUGGUUUGAUUAAGUUUGAUGGUAAAGCUACUGAAGUUAAAGAAGAUAUUUUGAAGGAGAUUGAAAUUGAAGAUAAUGAAAAACGGGAAGAUGUUAAACAAGAAUCUGAUGAAAGUAGUUGUUUAAUAAAGACAAUUGCCAAACGAAAAGUUUACAGCGAAGUUAAGAAAGAGGGAAAAGUUGAGUUUGAUGUUUUCAAAAAGUAUUUUAGAUUUGGCGGUGGGUUUUUGGCAUUUGGUGGUAUUGCGUUACUUUUUAUGCUGGUGGAGGGCAGUGAUAGUUAUUCUACCAGAUUAUUUACAAAUUGGAUCAACGUCCAACAAAACAUCAGCUCAGUUAAAAAAGGCAAUUUGGCCAACAAUGGAACCGACACAAGCAAUCCAAUGACCUCUUAUGCUCUGCUACAAGACCAAGCAGACUUGAUAAUCAAAAUUUACUCUGGCUUAGUCCUGGGAUCUUUUCUUUUGGAUCUUUUGGUACAAUUUCUCUUGAUGAACUUCACUAGAAAAGCUUCUUUGAAGCUGCACGACGUAAUGACCGAAAAAUUAUCGACCGCCUCAAUGUCGUUUUACGAUAACUUUUUCAUUGGAAACAUGUUGAAUAGGUUUUCGCAAGAUUUAAAUAUCGUAGACGAGACUCUGCCGACUAAUUUGAAUUUUUUUAUGAUGAUGAUAUUUGCUUGCAUAGGAGCUACAGCCAUAGUGACUUCCGUCAGUUACACCUUUACAAUUCCAGCAAUACUGCUUGUAGCUUGUCUUUAUUCGCUUCGGAUAAUUUACAUGCCUUCUGCAAGGAGUCUAAAACGAUUAGAAGCAGCAACCCGAAGCCCUUUAAUCGGACAUCUAAACGCCUCAAUGGAAGGUUUAACCACAAUCCGAGCAAGCAAAAAAGAACAAAUUUUAGCCGAAGAAUUUGACCAACAUCAGGACCUUUACACCUCAGCAAACUACAUGAAUUUAUGCAUCAAAAAAGCCUUUGGCUUUUUCAUGGACAUCAUUUCAGCAUUGUUUGUAACAUUUAUCGUUGUGAAAUUAUUAUUUUGGCAAACAGGUGAACUUUCUGGAGACGUGGGUUUAGCUAUAACUAAAGCUUCAGGCCUGGCCAUGUUGGUACAAUGGUGUCUAAUACAAUGGUCGGAUUUGGAAAACGAUAUGACUCAUGUUGAACGUGUUUUGGAAUAUACAGAAGUGCCGCAGGAUAAUUACGAAGGACGUUCAGUGGAGAAUUGGCCUAGCUUAGGGAAUGUUGUUUUUAAAAAUGUUUCUCUAACUUACAAGUUAGAAAGAGUGCUUAAUGAUAUUAGCUUUGAAGUUAAGCCUAAACACAAAAUUGGUAUUGUUGGUAGAACUGGAGCUGGAAAAUCUUCAAUAAUUUCUACAUUGUUUAGGCUGUACCAUUAUGACGGUACUAUUUUGAUUGACGAUAUUGAUAUUAAAACACUAUCCUUGGAGUUUUUGAGGGAUCAUAUUUCUAUUAUACCACAGGAUCCUUUACUAUUUCAAGGUUCUAUUCGUCAAAAUUUGGAUCCUUUAAACAGAUACACCGAUGAGGAAGUUUGGCAAACCUUAGAAAAAGUCCACAUGAAAGAGCACAUUCCUAGUUUAGAACUACUAAUCACUGAUCAUGGUUCAAAUUUCUCUACAGGCCAAAGACAACUUAUUUGUUUGGCCAGAGCAAUAAUAAAACGCAAUCAAAUUGUCGUUUUGGAUGAAGCAACUGCCAACAUGGACCCGGAAACUGAAUUGUUGGUUCAGAAAACCAUUGCGAUAAAUUUCCAGGGUUGUACCGUGUUUAUUAUUGCGCACAGGCUUCAAUCUGUGUUGGAGUGUAACAGGAUUUUGGUGAUGGAAAGAGGCAAAGUGGUGGAGUAUGCGGAUCCGAUAGUACUUAUGGAAAAUGAAAAUAGUUAUUUUGCUAAGAUGCUCGCGUCUGAUAAUUCUCAUAUUUUGGGAAAAUAA